UUUUUUUUUUAAGCAGAAAAAGAGGAAAAGAAGAGAAUUCUUAAAAUAAUAUCCAUAUGUUUUCGAAAUCUUUCAAGUGGUUUAUAGCAGUCUUAAUUUCUUCAUUUAUAAUUAUGAAAAGGAGUCAACAUGAGCAAAUCACAUUAGGAUCUCUUUCGGGACAUCCUUCUGACAUUUAUACACCUGAUUAUUAUGCUAAUGGCACAUAUUUAGAGCUACCAUUUGGAACAAUGCGUUAUUGGCUCUUUGGGAAUGAAAGAGGUAAUCAAGUUGUUCUUAUUCAUGGUCUUUCAACAGGCUCUGCUGUUUAUGUCAAGUUAGCAAAAGAUUUAGCCGAUAAUGGUCAUCAUGUAUUAGUCUAUGAUUUAUAUGGUAGAGGAUACUCUGAUGCGCCUCCUGUAAAUUAUAAUGAAGCACUCUAUAGUUCACAACUAGCUAUGCUUUUACAGAAAGUAGGUUGGAGUAAUACAGAUGUGAUUGGUCUUUCAUUAGGCGGUGCUAUUGCUACCUCAUUUGCUUCGUUUUAUCCAGAGAUGGUAAAGAGAUUGGUAUUGAUUGCACCUGCUGGUAUUAUGCAGGAUAAAGAUAUGCCUACCCUAUUAAAAUUACUUAUGCCACUUGCUUCUCAACACUUUAUUACAAGCCAACCUUAUAUUCGUCCUUUAUUUAUGUCAGCUGUAAAGCGAUUUGCUAAAUCAACUCGCUAUGCUCAGUCAGGACUGGAAAAGGAUACAGAAGAGAUUAUAUCAAAUAUGACCCAGAUUGCAUUUCAUCAGUUUCUGUAUCAUCCUGGAUAUUUUAAAGCCGUUUUACGUACCGUAGUUGACUUUCCUUUUACUGGUUUGAGAGAAAGAUUUAAAAGAGUGGGUGAACAAAAAGAAAUAUCCGUUUUGAUGAUUUGGGGAGAUAAAGACACUACCGUUCCUUUCUAUCACAGUGAAGAAGCAAAAAGGUUACUACCUAAUGCUAAAAUGAUGGUUUAUAAAGAUCAGGGACAUGAUGUAUUACUUACAAAAUGGAAAUCUGUUAAUGCUAAUAUAAUAAAUUUCCUUACAAUCAGAUAAACUUAAUAUAAACAUAAGUGUAUUUCAUACCAUGUUUAUACCUUUCGAUCAGUCAGGAAAAAAAAAUGGCUUGACUUUAUAUACAAGUUUACCAACAUAUAUAGGGGAAAAUUAGCUUUUAAUAGAAAGUAUGUAUAAAUUUAUGAAAUAAAUAGUAGUUGAACACAAGAUAUAAACAGGUUUUUUAAUAAUUUAU